GACGGCGGCUCUCGGCGCUCUGAGAAGCGGGGCGCGGCGGGCGCAGGGCUCAUGUAAUCAAAGAAGUUUCUUUGUUGUGUGUAUCUUUACAGAACACAACAGGAAUUGAAAAUGAAUCAGAACGCUACUGAGCCUGUGGCAGCUGCUGAGACCCUGGCUGCGGUGCCUGAACACGUGCUUCGAGGACUUCCGGAGGAAGUGAGGCUUUUGCCGUCCGCUGUGGACAAGACCCGGAUAGGUGUCUGGGCCACUAAACCAAUUUUAAAGGGCAAGAAAUUUGGGCCAUUUGUUGGCGAUAAGAAAAAACGAUCUCAGGUCAAGAAUAAUGUAUACAUGUGGGAGGUAUAUUACCCCAAUUUGGGAUGGAUGUGCAUUGAUGCCACGGAUCCAGAGAAGGGGAACUGGCUGCGAUAUGUGAACUGGGCUUGCUCAGGAGAGGAGCAAAAUUUAUUUCCACUGGAAAUCAACAGGGCCAUUUACUAUAAAACUUUAAAGCCAAUCGCGCCGGGCGAGGAGCUCCUGGUCUGGUACAAUGGGGAAGACAACCCCGAGAUAGCAGCUGCGAUUGAGGAAGAGCGAGCCAGCGCCCGGAGCAAGCGGAACUCCCCGAAAAGCAAGAAAGGUAGGAGCCCGCCUCCAGCCCGGCGCCUUGCCGCGCCCCGGCCGCCCCGCCUCCGCCGGGCCGGGGUCGCGGGGCUCAGGGCGGCGGCGCCGCGGCGGCUCCGUGACCUUUUCCGGGCUCGGCCGCCAGCCCCACUCCGGCCCGGCUCCCGGUCCAGUCCCCGCCGCCCCGUCCCCGCUGCUGAAUCACGGCCGCGGCGCUGACCCGCGCGCCCCGGAGUCGCCGCCGCCGCCGCCGCCGGACGCCUGCUCUCUCGGGCUGUUUUUCUAACUUGUUAGUUAGAGACUGGGCGGCGGAAAAGUAAGCGGCCGCGAGCGCCGGAGGCGUCGGCUGUUGGUUGUCAUUUCACCCCAGGAAAAAUGUUAAAAUCCUCGAACUUGCGAGUGGGGAAAAUGUCAGGUCCUCGUCAAAGUCAUGUAUGCAAAGUAUAUUUUUAGCAUUUCGUAUUCGUCAGCAGACGCGUCACAAAAUGUAUUCCAAGAGUGACAUUUCCAGCCCCGCAGAUUGAUUCCGUGGCCUCUCGGUGUCGGCCCCGGGACGGUGGAGAGCGCGGCGGUCUUCCGACCUGCGCGGCUGGCGCUGCCUGGCAGUGCCUUUAAAAAUAAAAAGCCGUCGUCGGGUUUUGAAAGAUGGGUGGGAAAUUAACCUUUCCUGACGGAUGCUGCAGUUACAGCAGCGAACUCCCACUCCACAUCUGGGCACCGGAGCAGAGCAGAGAAGGGAAACAAACAAACGAAAACCCUAGAAACAAAACCCUUUUGGUUUUUGGAUGAAGGUUUUAUCCCAGUAAAUCUUCCGGAAAAUUAUAUGCUGUCUAAAAAAAUGGAAGUUGAGAAGAGUAUGCUGUUUUGUCAUUUUCGACUCAAUUGUAAACGUUUCAUUUCAUGACGUUUUCAAACUAAAGGUAAACUGGAGUCAUAUUUUUAAAAGGGAGAGCUUAAUUUUUCUUUAGAAAAAUAGUUUGGUUGGAAUACGAUAUAUGCAUCUGACAUACUGAUGCAUCGUUGGCAUUUUUUAAUCAAGAAUUUUAAUGUGAAUUUGUGAGGCUUUCAUAGAGCCCAGUUUGAAUAUGUGCCAAGACACAGUAUGGUAGUUUCUUAUUUAUAUAAGUAAAAAUGUAUUUUCAAAUAUUUUGCCUCCUUUAGGUCUUAAAAAAGUCAGUUCUCAUAAUCAUCUGAGCUAAUGAGUCAGUCCUCUGCUCAAAACAUACUGGAGAGAGAGUCAUGACGGUAAUUAAAUUUUGGAAAUAUUACUUUUAAAAGUAAUAUUAAAAAUUGUAGGCAAGAAGUCCAUUCUGAUUUUUCAGUUACAUACAUUCUGUUUGUAUUUCACAGCAUGAUGCAGAUACAACUAACUCAUCCAAACGGAAGUCUGUAGGCCUCUGUUUACUAAAUGUGAUUUAAUUCCUGCUUUAGGUCAUUAAAUACUUUAAUCCUGAUUCCAGUGACCAUGGUCCAGAAAAUUCCCAGGGUAUUGUUUUUAACUGUUAUAACUGGGUUUUUGGGAUUUUGUUGAUAGUAGGCUUAGUAUUUGUUUGCAGACUCUUCACAUAAUUCAGCUUGUUCCUUUAUUUAGUGUUCGUUAUGUUUGUAACAAAUGUCAGCAGCCCUUCCAGGUAAGUUGUGAUUUGCGGGGGACUGGAGAUGGAGGUGGAGAUCUUUACUCUGCCAUUAAACAUAGCUCAUAUUUUAAUAUAUUAGUAAUUUAAUACCAACUUCAUUUUAAGACUUUUCUAUUCAGCAUACUUUGGUUUGCAUGUUUAGAACAUAUUUCAUUAUUCCUUUUUAUUUAUUUAUUGAUAAAUUUAUCCCUUAUUUAUUUCUCUUCAUUUAGUUGGGUGUGGAGAAAAAAACUGAAAAUGGGAACUUUGUAUUAUUAGUGAUAUGUGAACUUAUUCAUCUGCAUUUUUAUAGCUGCCUGGGUUGUUGAGUUUUUAUAUUGAGUUAAAUAGCUAUUACUAUUUUUAUAGCUACUUUGGACAGUAGAUAACCACUGAUUUCUAGGUUUUAAUUUAAAGACUUAACCUGAAGCUCACUUUUGGAAUUUAGUCUGUUUUGAACAGACUGCUGGUAAAGAGGCCUGUUUGCCCCCUUCAUGACCUAAAGUUUGGUUAGUUUAAAUGAGACAAACCUUUUUUGUUUUUAAAUAAAACAUUUUGUUAAAGUAAGUUUACAGCUUGCAGAGAACAGAAAUGGAGAACUUCUUGCAUUAACUGAGUUCUGUUAGGUCUUACGUGUGAUCUCAGACAUUUAAAUAAAAUCUUUUCAUGCAGUGAUGUCAGAAAGUGAUUCAACAUAAACUUCAUUCAGCAGUGAUGUUAACUUAGUGUUUCUGAAAGCCAGAUGUUGAAGACACACAGCUGGCAGGUAGAUUGACAGUGGCCCUGAACUUCAUUUUGGUUAUGAGACAAGCAGAGAGAAACAAAGAGCUGAACUCUUCAUAGCUGUGCGCCCCCCAGCUCCUUUGCCUGACAGCUGCUAUGCCUACAGCUGUGCAUUGCAUGUGGUGCCUUUCAGAAUCCAGCAGUCCUCUGGUGGACCAUAAGGCGCAUUCUGGGUAAUAAAAAGCACUGAUGCCUUUACAUACAGAGUGGCCCCUUCUCCUUUCUGUCUCUCUCAUUCAUUUGACUAAUGUUUAUUAAGCCCCUACCAUGUGCUAGGCACUCUGCUAGAUUGUUGAGCUCACAGUGAUGAGCAGAAAAGCAGCAGUAGCCCUGCUCAUGGCGCCCGUUAAUCUCAUGGGGGAGACAUUCACUCAGGAGAUAGCUGAUCAGCGCCUGGAUGGUUGGCGUUUAUAUAGUAGGUUCUCAAUAAAUAUUCGUCCAUUGGUGAACAAAGACUCACACAAACACAUAGUGAAGGGAAAGAACAUGGUAUUAUAAUUUUGAAUUUGGAUUUAUUUUAGAUUGUCAGCUUUGUAAUUCAACCUACUUUUUACAUGUCAGAGCAGCUCCUAUAGGAAGAUUGAAGUUCCUUGGGUGGGAUAGCUCAAACUUUUCAGGUAGAGAAGAAGGAAGGGUUUUUAGUGUCUGUUCCAGGUUCUUUUAAUGUGAACUAUAGGAAGAUUGUGAUCUGUAAAUUAGCUCAGAAAGCCCAAAUAUAGAGGAAUUUAUCAACUCAUUAGUGUGAGAAAUGAGAGACAAUUUGCAAAUGUUGUUUAAAAUGUAGAAUAUAAUACCAGAAUGUGUUGUCCUGCUUUCUUGACUACAGAAGAGACUUACCUGAAGUUCUUUUCAUCUAAAGGAACAACAGGGGCUUUAUACAAAUGGACUUAAUGGAAGGAUUGAAAAAUACAGCACCCUUGGGUUUUUACCAUGAGUGUGACUUUGGGCAAAUCAUGUCCCCUUUCUGAGGCAUGGUUUCCAUAGUUUUAGAAAUGGGUGUCAUAGAAAAUGAUGUCAGCACUACUGAAUCUCACAAGGUCAUGGUUAAGAGCAAAUGAGAAGAUAGAAAGGAAAAUGCCCUGCGACACAUGCAGGUAUGUGGUAACUGUAAGUGCCACACCACCCAGUGUGACUGAUGGUUAACUUGUAUGUGUCUUGCAGAGGAACUGCCAAGUUUGUGAUGUUUAAUCAGUCAGUACUUAUUGAGCACCUGUGUAAGCCAACGUGGGUACAGGAUCUCCUCCCUCCUUCGCUGCUCCUCCCCUCUCAGAGCCCCCCCUUGAUGCCUGCUCCCCCUUCUCCUAGGCCUCAUUCUCACCUGUGGACUGCCUUGUUCACAGCGGAUUAGAAGGAGGAAAUUAGAACGAGAAGAGAUUUACCGAAGCAAGGCAUUUUAUAGCUGAUAGCUGUACAGUGAAGAGAAGAAAGUUUAUAACAAAAUCAGUAAUGAACUAUAAAGAGCAUAGAGCUUUAAGGUCAUUUAAUAGGCUCUGAUAAUCCUUUAUAAAAUCCUUAAAUAGUCCCCGAGAGGAUCAGCCAGCUUAGAGUAUUUAUCUAGAUGACUUUUAGUUACCAUAGACCAGUUAAAUUAUAAUCACCUUAAAGAGGCAAUAUUUCAUGUCUCUAAAUAUUCCAGUCAAAAAUUGUUGAAAUUAAAAACUUUGCUACUGUGAAGAACACUUAAGUUUUUUGAAGUUGCGUGUGUUUGAAAUACUUUCUUCUCCAAAGAUUCCAAAGAUACUUGCUAAGUAACUGAAGCCUAUGGAAACUUGUAGUCAGUUUAGGGAGGUAAGAGAUCAAAUGCAAAGGUAACUCAGCCUAAGGCAGUAAAAAACAAGGGCAUCCCUAAUGGUACAGGUGGUACAGACUAUAGAUGUUCAGAGGAGGAAAAAGGACUUGUGGGCUGGGGUGACUGGAGAGGCUUUAUUUACAGAAUGGUGGGAUUUCAGUAUGUUGAGAGGAACACAGAAUGCGUUCAGAGUAUCUUAGGGGAUCGUGAGCAAGUCAGAGAGAAGUUAUGAGUGGAUGGAUGGUGCAUGUGUCGCUGCCGCCCCCCCCCCCCGUCACUUAACAAGUAUUUGUGUGUCUGUGCCAGGAAUUAUUCUAGAUGGAGUAAAAGCAGAAAACUAAAAAUUCAAAAGCUCCUGCUCUCAUGGAAUUUGCAUUCUAGAAUGCAAGGAGACUGUAGGUCAACAAAUGAAUAAAUAAGAUGAGUCUUGUAAUGUUGAGGGGGGAGGUGAGGUAUGGCGUGACGGUGGAGGGUAGUCAGGAGUGGCCUUUCUGAGGCCCCUGAAAUUUUAGGAGCAGAGCAUUCCAGGAGGAGGGAUAAGGUUGGCAUUCUAGUACAGCUUGGGAAAUUAUAGUUGGGGUGGUACAUAGUGAGGGCCACAUUGAAACUUGUAUGAGUAUUUUUGAAUUGCGAAACACUGUUCUGCUAAUGGACAUAGUGACCCCUUUUCCACCAGGCACUAAACUAAGAGGUUGGAUUGUGAGGGGAGAUCAGACAGGUGACUGAACAGGCACUGCGCCUCCAAGGAGGAUCUUGUAGUCUACUCUCCUGCAGCUGAGUGCAGGUCAGACGGCUUGGGUGUUGUAGUUGACAGGGUCUGGGUCCUGGGCAGGGGAUGGUUGGGCAGGGGCACUUGAGGAGAG